AUGUGCUACGACCGCUACGUUGCCAUCUGCAAACCCCUGCACUACGGGACCCUCCUGGGCAGCAGAGCUUGUGCCCACAUGGCAGCAGCUGCCUGGGCCACUGGCUUUCUCACUGCUCUGCUGCACACAGCCAAUACAUUUUCCCUGCCCCUGUGCCAGGGCAAUGCCCUGGGCCAGUUCUUCUGUGAAAUCCCACAUGUCCUCAAGCUCUCCUGCUCACACUCAGGCUACCUCAGGGAAAUUGGGCUCAUUGUGGUUACUUGCUGUUUAGUGUUUGGUUGUUUCAUUUUCAUUGUUUUCUCCUAUGUGCAGAUCUUCAGGGCUGUGCUGAGGAUCCCCUCUCAGCAGGGACGGCACAAAGCCUUUUCCACCUGCCUUCCUCACCUGGCCGUGGUCUCCCUGUUUGUCAGCACUGGCACAUUUGCCUACCUGAAGCCCCCCUCCAUCUCCUCCCCAUCCCUGGAUCUGGCCCUGUCAGUUCUGUAUUCAGUGGUACCUCAAGUAGUGAACCCCUUCAUCUACAGCCUCAGGAACCAGGAGCUCAAGGAUGCCCUGAGAAAAAUGAUGACUGGAUGCUUUUCAGGAGUAAUAAAGUGCCAGUUUUCUGGUGUGUAG